GUGACUCAUCUGGGUACCCACGUAUGACUGAGGACUGACGAAAGUACCAAAUGUUGAAAUAUUACACAGAAUUUUAGAGUUACCGCUACCACUUCUCAAAAUUUGCUGUCAUCUAAUUGGCUAACGGACAAACGGAAACGUAUGAACGGAGAGCUAUGAACUUACCUUACGCAUGCGCAUUUUUACGGAGUCACGUCGGAUUCUAUAAGUAGAUUGGUACGGUGACCACCCGCGUCGGCGUCCUCCUCCAAACAAGCUCCAAACCUACGACUCCAAACGACGUUGCUGCUUCUUGAUGUCAAAACUCAAAAUUUUCAUUCGACGGAAAAGUGUACUUUUAGGGAAAAUUGAGUGCGUUUGAUUGAAAUUUGUCGUAGAAAGUUCCAAAUAAAGCCCUGUGGAAUAAAAUAAUUAAACCAGAAGUUUUUGUCUGUAGUCGUUUACACCAUGGCAGAUGAUUUCCUUAUAACUGAAAUGGAUAUCUCAAAACUAAAGGUACCCGAUUUAAAAAAGGAACUCAAAUUAAGAGGCCUCAGCACCACGGGUAACAAAAUUGAUCUAAUAGAAAGGUUACAAAAUGCACUCAAAUCAAGUGACAAUGGGGGCGCAGAAUCCGUUGAUGAUCUCGACGACGAUCUGCUAAAUGACGACGAGUUGGAUCAUGAUCAUUUAGACACAUCUGAAUCGGUUUUGAACGAGCUAGAUCAUUUAGAAGAAGCUCAAGAAUCGAGUUCCGUAAUGAAACGUAAACUUUCUAAAACUGAUAUGCCCGAUUUAGAUUCUAAAUUGGCAAAGAAGAUCGUUUUGAAUCGUUCUAGUUCGGCACAAAGCAAUUCAGAAAAAACGAACGGUACUGACCCACUUCUGGAUAGUGCUGUAAAUGAAUAUUCUGCAAAGUCUGAUGAAGACGGGAAAGUUGUUAAAUUAUCAGAAUUAAGUGCAAAAGAGAGGUUGGAGAUGCGAGCGAAGAAGUUUGGUACUCCUACGUCUGCAGAAGCUAAGAAAGUGGCAAGAGCAGAGCGAUUCUCUGGAACAAUUUCAGUGGAAAGUAGUCCUGUGUUAGAGGCCAAUUUGGAAACAUUAAAGAGAAGAGCGGAGCGGUUUGGAGGAUCAGUAUCGAAAGCUUUAUCUUCUGUAGAGCAACAAGAACGUCUGAAAAAACGAAAAGAGCGGUUUGGUAUCGUUACGACUUCCAAUGCAGCAUCGCAAAAUGGGAAAGCUCAACAGCGAUUGGAACGUUUUAAGACGCCUGUUACAUAGAAUAUUAUAUGUAAUUCUAACUUUAGGUUUUUUUACAAAAGCUAUUCCUUUGUCAUGUUUUCUGAAGUUGCAGGUAUUUGUACAUAAUAACAUUUGGUAUUGUUUAGUUUUUGUAGUUGUUUCGAACAAUUUUUGUAAUUUUUUUUAAUACAAUGUUUAAUGUCAGCAAUAAGAUUUACUUGUGGUUUAAUGAUUUGCAGAAAUCCCAAUAAUGUUCCUUUAAUGUGCAAUUUGUAUUCCAACUAAAUAUGGACUCUUGCUAACUAAUUUUUAAGUUUUUCACUGGACAAAGAAACAACAUGUGUGCAUCAGGUUACAACAUAAAAAAUGUUUUGUUGAA